AUGGCUAUCAGCGAGAUCGUCACCGAUGAGUCGCUUUUACCCGUACUGCAGACCAGUGCGGAGACUCUGGUUCAAUGCCAACAACUUCUCGCCGUCCUCAACCCCGAAACUUGUAAUGCCGCCAACCUCCAAGACCUCUCAUUAGCCGCCUCCAAACAACAGAAAUUACUGUACGCCCUGCUCGCCCAACUCCGUGGGCAGAACCGAGACGCCAUCUUGCGCGUGCGCGACACCAAGCAAGCGACUGCCGAGGCUCGACAGGAGAUCGACCGGCUUCAUCUCCAACUCCAGAACUUGUACUAUGAACAGAAGCACCUCACCGGGGAGAUCGCUGCCUGUGAAGCAUAUGAUCACAAAUACCUGUCCCUCCCUUUAAUACCGGUCGAAGAAUUCCUCGAGCUUCACCCCGAUCACCGUGAGACUAACGAGCAUGAUUUGAUGAUCGCCCGCAUCAACCACGAGCAUGCCGAACGGGAGAAGCUGGAGCAAGCGCGACAAGAACUAUUGAAGCGCAAGCAAGCUCUGAUCGCCGAGAAUAAGAAGAGGAAAGACGAUCUUGCCAAUCUCGACCAGGAUCUCGAAAAGUUCAUUGACGCUGCCAAACCUAUCCAAAAGAUUUUCGAGAAGGAAUACUAG